UUUCCUUCGGAGAAGCUGAUUUCCUUCAGCAAGUGGGGAACAGUGGAGAAAAUGAAGCCGAGCCCGCGGUUUUUCUUAGCUGUUUUUCUGUCUUUGAUUCUGCAGACGGGGAUUUGCUAUGGGAUAAAAUGGAUAGCUCUGUCCAAGACUCCUUCAGCUUUGGCCCUGAAUCAAACCCAGCACUGCAAGCAGCUCGAAGGCUUGGUGGUUUCCCAGGUGCAGCUGUGCCGCAGCAACCUGGAGCUGAUGCAGACCAUCAUCCAGGCGGCACGGGAAGUGAUAAAGACCUGCCGUAAAACUUUCUCAGACAUGCGGUGGAACUGCUCUUCCAUUGAGCUGGCUCCUAACUACCUGCUGGACUUAGAGAGAGGCACAAGGGAGUCAGCAUUUGUGUAUGCCCUUUCUGCUGCUGCCAUCAGCCACACCAUUGCCAGAGCCUGCACCACCGGGGACCUCCCUGGCUGUUCCUGUGGUCCCAUCCCAGGUGAGACACCUGGACCUGGGUAUCGAUGGGGAGGAUGUGCAGACAACCUCAACUAUGGUCUUAUCAUGGGGUCCAAAUUUUCAGAUGCUCCCAUGAAGAUGAAAAAAUCAGGAUCACAAGCCAAUAAACUGAUGCAUCUGCACAACAGUGAAGUAGGGAGACAGGUCUUGAAAGCCUCUCUUGAAAUGAAAUGUAAGUGCCAUGGAGUUUCUGGGUCAUGCUCUAUCAAGACCUGUUGGAAAGGCCUUCAAGAGCUGCGAGACAUUGCAUUGGACCUCAAAAACAAGUAUUUAUCAGCUACCAAGGUCGUUCACCGGCCCAUGGGCACACGCAAAUACCUCGUGCCAAAGGAUAUUGAUAUCAGGCCGGUUAAAGAAACAGAGCUGAUUUACCUGCAGAGCUCACCCGAUUUCUGCAUGAAGAAUGAGAAAGUGGGUUCGCACGGGACCCAGGACAGGCAAUGCAACAAGACCUCCAACGGGAGCGACAGCUGCGACUUGAUGUGCUGCGGCAGAGGCUACAAUCCCUACAUGGACAAAGUGGUGGAGCGAUGCCACUGCAAGUACCACUGGUGCUGCUACGUGACCUGUAAAAAGUGCGAGAGGACUGUCGAGAGAUAUGUGUGCAAAUGAAA